AGAUACUCAACUCCAUAUAUGAAAGCAAAAUACAAUCUCGAGACUUAUAUUAAUAAAAAUAAUUUAAUAAUAAUAAUAAUACGAGCAGAUCUUUACCUCGCCGACGACGUCUUUUGCUACGGCAAACCAAAGCCCGGCCCAUCAAAUUCGGCUUUUCAACGGCUUUUGUGAUUCGAGAAUGGCUACAAUGGGAGACACGAGUAAAAGAUCUGUGAGAUGGGAUGAAGACAAACUGUCUGAAAUCGAAGCCAACAAACCUGUAAGACAGAAAAUUACAGAACCAAAGACUCCUUAUCAUCAUAUGACUGAUGUUGAUGGAUCUUUGUCUCCUGAACGGAAUUCUAGUUUCUGUGAACCGGAUGAUGAAUGUAUGCGAUCUGAAGCAAACCCCUCUGUGUUCAAUGAUAUGAUAUCUUCCAAUAGUAACAUUACUUCUGGCUGGAGCUCAUCAGAGGAUGACGCAGAUGCUAUGGAUGAAGAUAAUGAAGGCAGGAGUUCAAGCUUCAAGGAGCAGAGACGGGCUCACUAUGAUGAAUUCCAUAAAAUAAGAGAACUCAGGCGAACAGGAUCCUUAGACGCGCUAUCUAAUGAUGAAGAAGAGGAGAAGUUGAACGGGGAGUGUGAUACGCCAUCAUCAUUGGCUGUUGCUGUUGGAGAUAUAGACAUUGCAGAUGUUGAAGAUCUACCUGAACCUCAUAAAUCUUCAUACCCUGCCUAAUAUCUCAAAUCAAUGGGUAUCCAGGGCUGAAUUCACUAGCAAAUUCUGCUCCUGAUCUAAUUUCUAAACUUUUUGUUGUAAAAUGAGCAUGUGAACAUUAUCUUAGCCAUGUGCAGAAUUAUAAAAAUUGGAAAAUGUAAUAUGCAAGUAAAAUAUCUAGUUUGUGUUUGGCUAGAUGAUACCAGUCUGCUCGUGAUGUAUCUUAAAGCAUGAACUCGUGUGUUAGUUUGUUACUAUCUUCAUCUAUUGGUAUGCAAUUUUUUUGUGUGUUA